AUGCUGCCCAAUCUCUCCGGUCUCCUUUCAAUUGGCCUGCUGGCCGGCGGAGCUGCCGCCGCGCCGUGCGUCAGGAAAGGAUACGUGACGACCUCAGGUACUAAGUUCCAGCUGGAUGGCGAGGACUUCAACUUCGCGGGAAGCAAUGCUUACUACUUCCCUUUCGACAACAACCAAGCCGAUGUCGAAGCUGGCAUGACAGCCGCGAAGGAAGCUGGCCUGAAAGUUUUCCGGACCUGGGGCUUCAACGACAAAAACGUCACCUACAACGCCGGUGGUCUCCCUCAAUACGGCGGUGAGGGCGCUGGUGACACAGAUAUCGUCUUCCAGAGAUGGUAUGACAACGGCACCUCGGUGAUUAAUAUCGACGCCUUCGACAAGGUUGUCAAUGCCGCGACGAACGUCGGUAUCAAGUUAAUCGUCGCUCUUACGAACAACUGGGCCGACUAUGGCGGCAUGGAUGUCUACACCGUCAAUCUCGGUGGCAAGUACCACGACGACUUCUACCACGUACCCGCGAUCAAAGACGCCUUCAAGCGCUACGUGAAGGAAAUGGUCACCCGCUACAAGGACUCUCCCGCGAUCAUGGCUUGGGAGCUCGCCAACGAGCCGCGCUGUGGAGCUGAUGGCACCCGUAACCUUCCCCGAAGUGACGACUGCACGCCGGCACGUCUCGGUGCUUGGAUCGAGGAGAUGAGUGCUUACGUCAAGAGCCUCGACAGCCACCACCUUGUCACCUGGGGCGGUGAGGGCGGCUUCAACAUCGAGUCCGAUGACUGGGCCUACAAUGGAGCUGAUGGCAGCGACUUCGACCACGAGCUCGCUCUGCCCAACAUUGACUUUGGCACCUUCCACUCGUACCCCGAUUGGUGGAGCAAGACUGUUGAGUGGACAGAGCAAUGGAUCCACGAUCACGCCGCCUCUGGCCGGAAGGUCGGCAAGCCUGUGGUGCACGAGGAGUACGGUUGGUUGACUGCCGACAAGCGCCUGGAGUACCUUGGCGUCGUGGACAAUACGCCUCGUACUGAGGUCCUUGGAAAGUGGCAAGCUAUCUCUCUCGAGGAAGAGAUGCCUGACAUGUACUGGCAAUAUGGGUACUCCAACUACUCCUACGGUCGCAACCACAAUGAUGGUUUCACGAUCUACUUGGACGAUGCCGAGGCUCAACCUCUCGUUUAUGAGCAUGCCGCAAAGGUAAACGCGCUCUAG